UUCCUCCUGCAGUCAUCGUGGUGUGCGGUGCUGUCCGAAUCUGUUCCUACGUUUCAUAUCAAAAUGGCUGCCCUCAGUGAUGCUGUUCUCGAUGCGCUGGUAUACGAGCAUCUAUCGAAGAAAGACAAAACUUUUGCCGCAGUAUUUCAGAAAAAGUUCAAAUCGCCCGCAUUGCCAAAAGGAGCACCGAAGCUAGAUGAGAUAGUGAAACAUUAUCAGUCUACAAAACAGAAGCUUUCGACCACUGGUAAACAGCAGGCACAGGAGGAUUCGGACGACGAUGAAGAAGAAGAUUCCGAUGAGGAGGAGGAGGAGGAGGAGGAAAAAACUCCGGCAACAAAUGGCAAAGUGGUAAAUGGUAAAAAGGCGGCAAAUGGUACCGCUGUCAAAAAAGCACAGCAAGUACCGGAGGAUGAGGAUGAUGACGAUGACGAUGAGGAUGAGGAUGAGGAUGAUGAAGAGGACAGCGAUGAAGAGGAUGAUGAAGCACCGGCCCCCAAAGCUGGUGCAGGCGCGAAAGUCACACCAAAGGUGACGCCACUCGUUAAAAAAGUACAGCAAGAAGAAUCUGAUGAGGACGAUGAUGACGAUGACGAGGAAGAUGAGGAGGAUUCAGACGAAGAGGAGACACCGAAACCACAGCAGCAAAAGCCAGCAGUAGCAGCAGCUGGACAGAAGCGUAAAGCACAGGAUGACGCAGAAGAGGAGGAAGACGAUGAGGAAGAUGAUGAAGAGGACGACGAGGAGGAUGAGGAGGCGGAAAAGCCGAAACCAGCAGCGGCAAAGAAAGCCAACAACGCCGCCAAGCCCAACACCAACCAACAACAGAAGAAUCAAAAGUCCAUCGUAAAUGGAAAACCAAUGACGAAUGGAGAACCUCUUAUGAAUGGAAAAGCAGAGAAAGCAGAGUCUUCGGAUGAUAGCUCUGAUGAGAGUUCAGAGGAGGAUACGAAACCGACGGCUAAGAAACCUGCAUCGGCUGUCCCAACAUCAAAGACGGCAACGCCAGCAGCGGCUAAGAAACAACAGGAAGAAUCCAGCAGUGAAGACGAUUCUUCCGAGGAUGAAGCAAUAGUGAAAAAGCUAGCAGCUGUUGCUGUAAAGACCCCCGCAAAGGCACCAGCUGUUGUUGCUAAAAAAGCAGAGUCUUCGGAUGAUAGCUCUGAUGAUAGCUCAGAGGAAGAUUCGAAGCCGGCGGCUAAGAAACCUACAGUGUCUGCCACACCAAAUGCCAAGACUCCUGCAAAGGCGGCGACGCCAUCAGCUGCUAAGAAACAAAAGGAAGAAUCGAGCAGUGAAGACGAUUCUUCCGAGGAUGAAGCAACAGUGAAAAAGCCCGCAGCUGUUGCUGUAAAGACCUCAGCGAAAACCCCCGCAAAGGCACCAGUUGCUGCUGCUAAAAAAGCAGAGUCCUCGGAGGAUAGCUCUGAUGAUAGCUCAGAGGAAGAUUCGAAACCGGCGGCUAAGAAACCUGCGGUGUCUGCCACACCAAAUGCCAAGACACCUGCAAAGGCGACGACGCCAGCAGCUGCUAAGAAACAAAAGGAAGACUCAAGCAGUGAAUACGAUUCUUCCGAGGAUGAAGCAACUGUGAAAAAGCCCACAGCUGUUGCUGUGAAUACCCCAGCGAAAACCCCCGCAAAGGCACCAGUUGCUGCUGCUAAAAAAGCAGAGUCCUCAGAGAAUAGCUCUGAUGAUAGCUCAGAGGAAGAUUCGAAGCCGGCGGCUAAGAAACCUGCGCCGGCAGCAGUAAAGACCCCGGCGAAGACCCCCGCAAAGGCACCAGCUCCUGUUGCUAAAAAAGCAGAGUCCUCGGAGGAUAGCUCUGACGAUAGUUCAGAGGAAGAUUCGAAGCCAGCAGCUAAGAAACCUGUACUGAUUGCCACGACAAAUGGCAAGACACCUGCAAAGGCGGCGACGCCAGCCGCUGCUAAGAAACAACAGGAAGAAUCGAGCAGUGAAGACAAUUCUUCCGAGGAUGAAGCAACAGUGAAAAAGCCCGCAGCAGUAAAGACCCCAGCGAAGACCCCCGCAAAGGCACCAGCUGUUGUUGCUAAAAAAGCAGAGUCAUCGGAUGAUAGCUCUGAUGAUAGCUCAGAGGAAGAUUCGAAGCCGGCGGCUAAGAAACCUGCGGUGUCUGCCACACCAAAUGCCAAGACUCCUGCAAAGGCGACGACGCCAGCAGCUGCUAAGAAACAACAGGAAGAAUCGAGCAGUGAAGACGAUUCUUCCGAGGAUGAAGCAACAGUGAAAAAGCCAGCAGCUGUUGCUGUAAAGACGCCAGCGAAAACCCCCGCAAAGGCACCAGUUGCUGCUGCUAAAAAAGCAGAGUCAUCGGAUGAUAGCUCUGACGAUAGCUCAGAGGAAGAUUCGAAGCCAGCAGCUAAGAAACCUGUACUGACUGCCACGACAAAUGGCAAGACACCUGCAAAGGCGGCGACGCCAGCAGCUGCUAAGAAACAACAGGAAGAAUCGAGCAGUGAAGACGAUUCUUCCGAGGAUGAAGCAACAGUGAAAAAGCCCGCAGCUGUUGCUGUAAAGACCUCAGCGAAACCCCCCGCAAAGGCACCAGUUGCUGCUGCUAAAAAAGCAGAGUCCUCGGAGGAUAGCUCUGAUGAUAGCUCAGAGGAAGAUUCGAAACCGGCGGCUAAGAAACCUGCGGUGUCUGCCACACCAAAUGCCAAGACUCCUGCAAAGGCGACGACGCCAGCAGCUGCUAAGAAACAACAGGAAGAAUCGAGCAGUGAAGACGAUUCUUCCGAGGAUGAAGCAACAGUGAAAAAGCCAGCAGCUGUUGCUGUAAAGACGCCAGCGAAAACCCCCGCAAAGGCACCAGCUGUUGUUGCUAAAAAAGCAGAGUCAUCGGAUGAUAGCUCUGAUGAUAGCUCAGAGGAAGAUUCGAAGCCAGCAGCUAAGAAACCUGUACUGACUGCCACGACAAAUGGCAAGACACCUGCAAAGGCGGCGACGCCAGCAGCUGCUAAGAAACAACAGGAAGACUCAAGCAGUGAAGACGAUUCUUCCGAGGAUGAAGCAACUGUGAAAAAGCCCACAGCUGUUGCUGUGAAUACCCCAGCGAAAACCCCCGCAAAGGCACCAGUUGCUGCUGCUAAAAAAGCAGAGUCCUCAGAGGAUAGCUCUGAUGAUAGCUCAGAGGAAGAUUCGAAGCCGGCGGCUAAGAAACCUGCGGUGUCUGCCACACCAAAUGCCAAGACUCCUGCAAAGGCGGCGACGCCAGCCGCUGCUAAGAAACAACAGGAAGAAUCGAGCAGUGAAGACGAUUCUUCCGAGGAUGAAGCAACAGUGAAAAAGCCCGCAGCAGUAAAGACCCCAGCGAAGAGCCCCGCAAAGGCACCAGCUGUUGUUGCUAAAAAAGCAGAGUCAUCGGAUGAUAGCUCUGAUGAUAGCUCAGAGGAAGAUUCGAAGCCGGCGGCUAAGAAACCUGCGGUGUCUGCCACACCAAAUGCCAAGACACCUGCAAAGGCGACGACGCCAGCAGCUGCUAAGAAACAACAGGAAGAAUCGAACAGUGAAGACGAUUCUUCCGAGGAUGAAGCAACAGUGAAAAAGCCAGCAGCUGUUGCUGUAAAGACGCCAGCGAAAACCCCCGCAAAGGCACCAGCUGUUGUUGCUAAAAAAGCAGAGUCAUCGGAUGAUAGCUCUGAUGAUAGCUCAGAGGAAGAUUCGAAGCCAGCAGCUAAGAAACCUGUACUGACUGCCACGACAAAUGGCAAGACACCUGCAAAGGCGGCGACGCCAGCAGCUGCUAAGAAACAACAGGAAGAAUCGAGCAGUGAGGACGAUUCUUCCGAGGAUGAAAAAACUACCAACAAACCAGUUGCCACAAAGAAUCCGGUAGCAGCAGCAACCGCUAAGCGGAAAGCAGAAUCUUCAGAAGAUUCUGAUAGCUCGGAUGAAGAAGAGACAGGACCAGCAGCUAAGAAACCCGCCCUAUUGAAUUCGUCCACUACGAAAGCUUCUGUACAAAAAGAAAAGAAAGAAUCGUCUUCGGAUUCAGAAUCGGAGGAAGAGGAAGAUAAGCCUUCAGAAAAUGUUAAACAGUCAAAUAACCAGGUGGGACAAAAAAGGAAGCUAGAUGAACAGCAGGAACAAACCAUUCCUCCAGCAAAGAAACCGAACUUCUACAGCAACUUCGUACGGUCUAGCGAUCAGCAGGAAAGCUACGAAAACAACAAGUUCCACACUCCGCCGAACAAAACGAAAUUGCACCAACAGAAUGGUGGAAGCGCCAGCAGUGGUUUCGGUAGCGGACGCAAAUCAUUCACCAACAGCGAUGAAAAACGUGGGGUAGAGCGAUUCCGCCGUGUCCGUGCAGAAGAAGUUGAAAUUGAUAAUCGGCUGAAGGAUAACUCUUACGAAGCGAAGCAAAACGCAUACGGAUCUUACGGGGAACGAGCGAACCAAAUUCUGAAGCACACCAAGGGCAAAUCGUUCCGUCACGAAAAGACGAAAAAGAAGCGUUCGGGGUAUUCUGGUGGACUUAUCGAUACAUCGGUAAAUUCCAUCAAGUUUGAAGAUUAG